AUGACCAUGAUCAAAGCCGCCGCGCCGGCCCCACAGGAUGACCUGAAGACCGUGGUUGAGACGCGGAACCGGGAGUGGCAUUUCCACAUUUACUUCCUGCUGCAGUCUCCGGCCGAAAAGGCUGCGGCCCUUGCACUUCGCGACGCCGUUUUGAAAUUGCGCCGAGAUGGUGCCUUUGUCGCUGUCCCGUUGUUCAGGGUCAAUGAGUAUCCCAUGGGUCCUCACCCAGCUGGAUCAUACGAAAUCUGGGUGCCCGACACUUCCUUCUCCGACGUGUUCUUUUACCUGUCAACCAACCGAGGAAACCUGAGCAUCCUCGUACACCCACUGACCGCCUACCAACGCCGCGACCACGAGCUCCGCAACGCCUGGAUGGGCACGCCGUGGCCCAUCUACCUCGACGUUCUCCCGCGGGACGGCGAUAUCCCGCUGCAGUACCCAGAGCUAGGGCUCGGCUGGUCCACGUCGCCUAAGCAGGAGAUUUCGCUCGACGAGAGGCGCAAGCGGGGCGCCGAGGUCGAGGCUCUGCUCGCCAAUGACCCAGAGGCGGCCCCGGCGCCGGAGAGCUGA